CAAUAAAGCUAAGGGAAAAAGCCAAAAAGCAUAAUAUGAGCCCUUUAAUACAUGUGAUUAUUUUAAAUUGCCUGCACUUUGUCUCCCACUGUAGCCAGUUAUAGUGAUCACCCUCUUAUAACACACCCCACCUCCCCACCAACUGAGCCUAGACUAGACUGUACCAUCUCUGACAGCAUGGGAGGGGGCUCGGCCGCAGUAUCGUGGCAACUGCAUCAUCUUGAUCACAUAAAAAGCAGCUGGAUGAAGGUGGAACUAGCCUAAGGCAUGUUUUGAUUAAUUUCUAAACCCCUCCAGGCUCUCUUGCCGUCUUCCAGGGAUCUACAGGAGGUUUUCCCGGCUGCGUUCCCCUCCUCGCCGCGCUUCCACCGGUGAGCCAGUCAGCAGAGAGAGCUGAACAAAGCAGAGAGAGAGAGAGAGGGAGAGAGAGAGAGAGAGCGAGAGAGGGGAGCUUCUGGGAAGAAAUGUCUCUCACUGACUGUCGCCUGGACAACCGGAGCAUGGAGGAGAUGAAAUUGCAGAGCACAACUUCAGCACAUUACAAGUGGACCCUGUAGGCCUGAACGCUCCACCUGUCCUUCUCGUCUCAUCAGCCCCAGGUGCCAGCAUGGAUGUGGGGGACGAUCCGCUGCUGUUUCAGCCCAGCUGGGGAGGAGAGGAAGAUGAGGAGGAGGAGGAUGAGGAAGGAGAGGAUGGAGCAGCACCCGCAGCAGGACAGAACGGUUUCUCUGGGGAGGCUGGCAUGUGUGGACUGUGGAGGGCAGUGGGGUGGGUGUACACACAGCCCUGGGCCAGUGGGGUGCUUUUAGGGGUAGUCGUGUCAAUCCCAUGCGCCCUGUUUGCCUACAUGCUGCUCUACUGCCCCCCUCUGGACAUAGACCUCUCCUACAGUGCCUUUGAGGUUCACAGUCACUUCUCUGCCGAGCGCUUCGACGCCCUCACCAUCGCUGUGAAGACUCAGCUGGGGUCCUGGGACAGACGUAGGCGAGACUUAGAUAACAGCGAGUCUGAGGCCCUGAGGGAGCUUCUGCUGGAGAAGCUGAGCAAACAGGGAGUGUUCAACAGGACAGAUAAUGAGGCUGCGAGUUCCUCCACUCCUCGAAACUACCCCUCACACCCAGGAGAUCAUGAGAAGAGAGCAGCCACGGCAAGCAGAGAUAAAAGGACGGCGCUUAAAUUGGGUCAGGAGAAAAUGGGGAAGCACAGGAACUUGUAUCACGGAGCAGAAGAAGAAGAAGCGGAGAGAUCAUGGGAUGGGAAUUCAACUCUUCGGCUCAUUAGGAGGCGCAGGUUCGCUCCCAAUUACUACCUGCAGAGCCAGGCUCUGUGGAGGAUCGAGCUGGUGUUUGUGGCUCAAGGGGAGGGCGAUCGCAACAUCUUCACCCCCGAACGCCUGCAGACAAUUCACCACGUGGAGCGUCUGCUCAUGCAGCAUCCGCAGUUCCAUCAGUUCUGCUGGAAGCCUCUGGAGAUGCUGAGGGAUCUGCCACUGGGACCGUCCUACUGCUCCCCGCCCAGCUCACUCCUGUCCUACCUGUACCCCAGCGAGAGAGGGGGGAAGAUUUACUAUGAUGGCAUGGGCCCAGAUCUGGCCGAUAUUCAAGGGUCUCUGAGUCUGGCCAUCACCCACCCACAGUUCUACUGGUACGUGGAUGAGAGUCUGUCGCCGGAGCAUCUCUCCUCCUCUCUGUUACGCAGCGAGAUCCACUUCGGAGCUCCUCUUCCUUCCUUCUACUCCCUGCAGGACCGAGCUCACGAGCAAAGAUCACGCUUCAAAAACUUUGUGGUGCAGUAUGCAGACAUCCUGACCAAACAAUCUACCAGCCAGGUGAAGGUGCUGUAUGGGGGAACAGAGCUGUUUGAUGAUGAGGUGAGACACACCUUCCACAACGACAUGAUGCUGGCUGUCAUCAGCGGAGCCUGCAUUACUCUGCUCGUCUAUGUCCUGACCUCCUUUUCUGUGUUUCUGACUCUCUUCGGACUCGCUAGCAUCGGACUGAGCUGCCUGAUGGCUCUGUUCUUGUACCAUGUUGUCUUUGGCGUGAGGUACCUGGGCAUUCUCAAUGGAGUUGCAGCCUUUGUUAUUAUUGGAAUUGGUGUGGAUGAUGUAUUUGUGUUCAUCAGCACCUUCAGACAGGCUUCUCAUCUACGUCAGCCGCAGCAGCGAAUGAUCUACACAAUUAAAACAGCCGGCCGAGCUACUUUCCUCACCUCCUUCACUACUGCAGCUGCCUACGCUGCUAACACCUUCUCUCAGAUCCCAGCCGUGCAUGACUUUGGCCUAUUCAUGGCCCUCAUUGUCAGCUGCUGCUGGUUUUGGGUGUCCGCCCUGAUGCCUGCCGCCCUGUGUAUCUGGACCGAGUGUGUGGCGCCUCAGGAACACGCCUGGUUGAAUUGCUGGAAGCUGUUGUCGGGCCUGUCAGCGAGCCACAGCCCAUUGUCAGAUGAGGAUGAUGAUGUGGCGCUUCUGUCAGUGGAGAUGGAGCCAGGCGCGGGUGACACGGACGGCGAUGCAGCCAUUCUUUCCCUGUCGGUGGAGACACCUCCGUCCCCUUCAGGGCAGCAGCACGUGGGUGUGGUGAGCACAAAUCUCCGGUGGGCCCUAAAGCAUUUAGUGGCAGAGCCAGCUGUGGAGCGACGAAAAGCUGUUCUAGGCGUCUUCCUCCUGGUUCUGGUCUUAUCUGCCGGCUGCUGCUGUCUCCUGAGGCCGGCCACUCACGCCCCCCUUCUUUUCCGCCGGGACACAAACCUUCAAACGCUGCUGGCUCUGAGGAGCAACCUCAGCGGUCAAGGCAUCUCCUGCCCCAUGUGUUCAGGUGUGUUCAUGGAAAAGCCCCAUCCCUUGUACACACACACUUCCUCAUCAGCAUUUAAGUUCUCCACUCAUCAGCAGAGCUCGAGCAAAACGACUUCAUCUGCUCCACGGAGCGCUGUAAAACAAAAUUCAAGCACCAACCAAACAGAGUCUUUACUGACAGUGUACAUAUCAAAGUUGGACCUCGGAGCCUCUACAACCCUUUACCGUUUCUCCCUCAAUGCCAGCGCUCCGUCCCCGUGGAAACUGUGCAGCACAGAGCACGAAGAGGUGUCGUCAUUUCAGGCUUAUAAUCAGCCCCGCAGCAAUUACACCAGCAGAAUGACCGUGUGUGUUUCCCAUGUGUACCACCCGUACCCCAGCUGGAUGAUCACAUUCACCUUGUGUGAACCCCGCCAUGGCUGGGCGCCAGAGUUUUCCUUUUAUGUAGCGUCGUCUCUGCAGCAGCACAGCAGGAGACUUCGCUUCGCCCAGCGCCGCCUGAGACCUCAUCCCAGCCGCGUGUGUGUUGACCCGCCUGGCUGCGGCAUCAGUUCUGGGCCGGAUGGACCCACGCAGGGAACCUUUUAUACCCCUCUUCCCAGUGAUCCCUCUUCUGCUGCCAAAACGAAAGCAUCCAAAACGUUUGGCUUCAACCCAUGCGGUGGCGGGGCGUGUGGCCAGCCGGCGGUGCGUCCUCUGGUGGACACCGGGGCGAUGGUUUUUGUCGUCUUUGGCAUCUUGGGAGUCAACCGAACCGGAAACAGGGACAACCACGUCAUCGGAGAUAUGGGCAGCAUUAUAUUGGACCCAGACUUUGAUGUUUUCCAGGAAAUGGGGCAUCUUUGCAAAAUCUGCAAAGCUAUUAGUGCAAACACACAACUUGUGAAGCCAGGAGGAGCGCAGUGUUUGCCUUCAGGUAACAAACUGUCUUCUAUUGUGCCUCUGCUCCAUCCGGAGUGCCACUCUCUCCCCGAGCCCAACCUGCUGCCAGGGCAGCUCUCCCACGGAGCGGUGGGAAUACACGGAGGCAAGGUCUGCUGGCUGUCCAUGGCCUUUGAGUCCACCACAUACAAGGGCAAAUCCUCCUUUCAGACCUACUCCGACUUCCUUCAGUGGGAGAAUUUCAUCCAGGAGCAGCUGGCCUCCCUCCCGCAGUCCUCCGCUCUGCAACGGGGUUUCCAGACCUGCGAGCACUGGAAGCAGAUCUUCAUGGAAAUCAUAGGUGUGGAGAGUGCCCUCUGGAGCCUGCUGCUGUCUCUGGCCAUCUGCGUGGCAGCUGUGUCCGUGUUUACUGCACAUCCUAUGCUGCUGCUCCCAGUACUCAUAACCAUUCUAGGCGUGAUCUGCCUGGUGGUGGCGGUCAUGUAUUGGCUGGGCUGGGAGAUGGGAGCAGUGGAGGCCAUUUCUCUGUCUAUACUUGUGGGAUCUUCUGUGGAUUACUGUCUGCACCUGGUGGAGGGAUACCUGCUGGCUGGGGAGACCGCACCCUCUACACCUGCUCCUAACUUGGAGCCUCGGGCCGAGAGGCAGAGACGGACCCUGGAGGCAGUGAACCAUGUGGGCGUUGCCAUAGUGUCCAGCGCCGUCACCACGGUGAUCUCCACAGUCCCUCUUUUCUUCUGUGUCAUUGUGCCUUUCGCCAAGUUUGGACAAAUAGUGGCCAUUAACACGGCCGUCUCCAUUGUGUUCACGCUGACCGUGACUGUGGCCAUGUUGGCGUGCAUGGCCCCCGCCCGCUUCAGCAGACCCCCCAGCGCUGUGCUGAAGGCCAGCCUGGCCGUGGCGGCCGCGGCAGCCUUGGGAGCGGCUCUGUGCUGGGCGGGAGGUCGGCUGGGAGCGUUGGCCUGGCAAUAAAUCAGCACGUCAAACACACAACUGUACCCCAACUCACACUGAUGUCAGGCAGGGGAGUUCCUGUGUAUGCAAAACUGUCAGCACUCCACUCUCCUCCACAUUUGAGAGGAAUUUCAAGAUCAGCAAAUGAUCCAGUUAUUUACAGCACAAAGAUGUCAGAACUAGAGCAAAGAUGUCAGAAGUAGAGCUGCGAAGCUUAAUCGAUUAGUUGUCAACUAUUAAAUUAAUCGCCAACUAUUUUGAUAAUUAAACGCUUUGUCAUUUUUUAUGAAAAAACUAAAUCUCAGAUUUUAUUGGAUUCCAGCUUCUUCAAUGUGACUAUUUUUUCUUCUCUCCUCUGUGACCGUAAACUGAAUAUCUUUGAGUUGUGGACGAAACAAGACAUUUGAAGGCUUUGGGAAACAUUUCUGACAUUUUAAAGACCAAACAACUAAUCGGUUCAUCGAGAAAAUAACGGAGAGAUUAAAUCGACAAUGAAAUGAAUCGUUAGUUGCAGCCCUAUUCAGAACCUAUUCCUUUAUUAGAAGCUGUUUGUCUUCACAAAAUACUAAUUUUUCACUCGUAUUGAUCAGUGGAUUGUACGUACUAUAGUGUAAAUAUCUUUGUGAUUCACAGUAGUGGGUUGAUACGAUGAUUCAGCUGAGGUAUUUAUUUGAUUGGGAUAUUUCAGCCUAGAGGGGAAAGAUGAUUGAGUAAUCGUUGGGAAACACUGGCUGAGUCACAGUUUUCAUCUGUGUAACUCGUUGAGUUGUGAAGAGCUGCUGACUGUUCUGUGACCUGUGAACAGCGACCGGGUGCGCUCUGACGUCCAUAACCAUCAGUGAAACUGGUCCACAUGAUUCAUGGCCAUCUUGUGAAACAUCACGUUUUGAUUGAUCUUCUCUUUGUGUUUUCUUAGUUGUGCAUUGAAUGUGUUUUCAGCCACAUUUGUAACAAAGGUUAUGAUGUCCCAAUGUGGCUGGAUUAAAAAUUGUACUAGUCAAGUUUAUACCGUGCACAGUUCUGUUAAAUGUAACGUGUGAUGUAAAAUGUUUCGGUAUGCUGCUCUCACACAUUCCGAACUGAACUUUUGACGCUGCCAGCACACACUUGCUCUGAAGAGUUGUGUAUACCAAGACUUACCACGAGGUACCUCCUCUUUUCUGACCUUUCAUGUGUUUAUAUCAUAGACUGUAAAAAUAAUGCACGUAGCAGGAGUGACGUCACCCAUUGGUUUGUGGACUGCCGCUUUGAAGCCUCGAGUUUGCCGAUACAGGUGCCAUCAUCUUGUUUUUUUGCCACCGGAUGCGGCGAUUUUUGACGCAACGUUGGAGCUGGGGAGGAUGACUCGGCCAAGCCAGUGUUGUUUAUGGUUGCAAUGGGGCAGUGCUAAACCAAACGCUAAAGAGGGAAAAAAUCUACAAACUUUCCCUUAAGUUACCAGCUAACGCUAGCUGUAGCUAGCUAGGUUGGCAGCAAGCUGAACAAGAUAUUUUUAGGUGACCAAAGUGUUCCAGUUAACUUUGAAGAAGUGGAAACACACAGUGAGAGGGUCACAGUUUAAGA